AUGUUUAGAUCACCCUCACGCAAAAUAAUCAAAAUAAAAGAUGUAUCAACCUAUUAUUUUCAUACUUAUAUUCGUUAUGGGUGUAGGACAAAUAACAACCUAUUAAACUUAUCGUAUACCAAUAACUGCACAAAAUGUUAUUACAGCACUGCUACUCCAAAAAAGAACACUACAGAAUUGCAUGCGCAUGACACUUCAGACUUGUACGAACUAAGAUAUAAUAUUCAACAUUUGAUUAAAGACUUUGCUUCCAGACCCGCAACAUCACCUCUACACAAAACAUGGUAUGCUUAUUUAAUGCAAUUUCAAAACAAGCUUUGUGCUACAAACAAUGAAAGCACUUCCAAAAUAUUAACACAAGCUGAUUUGUAUAGCUUAGCUUUACAAACAAUCAAUUUACUACUAGUAUAUACUUGUCGAAGAUUGGUUAAAAUAAGUAAAUUGCCAUAUAUGACAGUUAUUAAUCCUAAAGUUGAAGAGACAAACAAACUAUAUUUAACCACAUUACAAGAUUUUUUGAAUGUGGUCAGUCAAUUAUUGCCUUCUAGUUUCACUCCCACCGUUGCUGCCACAAGUUCUUUUGGUCAUACUAAUGCGAACAUAUAUGACAAUGCAUUGUGUAAAGUUUUGAAUAAAUUUAUUGAUGAGCACUAUACCAAUGAUAAUUUAGUUAUUUUAAGUGUGGGUUUGCAGCAGGCUGUGGAACAUAAAUGGUUAACUAGUGAAAAAAUGACUGAGUUUUUAAAUGAGCACCUGAGAGAUAGGAUUAUAAUGAAAAUGUUAGCUACCCAUUGCUUGGAGCUAUUUAAACAACAGUACAGUUCCCCUGGUACUCGUAAAAAUAAUGGAAUGGUUGGAAUAAUCCAUCCACAUUUACAAAUUAGUAAAUUAAUUAGACAAGUCCAUGAAUAUGUUUGUGAUUUAUGUUUUGUAAAGUAUGAUCAAACAGUUCCAUUACUUAUUAAGUGCGGUGAAAAUGUAAAAUUUCCAUGUAUCCCAACAGAUUUGGAAUAUAUUAUGCAAGAGGUUUUAAAAAAUAGCUGCAGAGCGCAAAUUGAAAAUGGGAAUCCAACCACUCCAAUUGAAAUAUCUAUAAUUGCGAAUGGUGAUGACUGCAGUGAUGGUAGUUCCUCUUCCUUGCAGAUAAUUGUUAGGGAUCACGGAGGUGGUAUUCCUCCUUUGGUGGAAGCAAAAAUUAUGGCUUAUUCCUUCACUACUGCGAUGCGCAAUGGCAUCACCAAUGAUACCAGUAACCCUCGUGCUAAUUUUAAUGUUCAAAAUAGAAGUUCCAGUUCAUACAACAAUAAAAAAAAUCUAAGUAAUGCUAAUACAAAUAACGACAUAAAUCCAAAAUCUGACAAUAUGAUGCCUGGUGAACAAAUUAAUAAUAUCAGCGGCAUGGGUUUUGGAUUACCACUUUGUAAAGCAUAUCUAGAACUAUACGAUGGCGAAUUAGGUCUCGAGAGUUUAUAUGGUUGGGGCACAGAUGUCUAUAUUAAAUUGGAAUCACCAUAG